ACAUUGCCGUACAUGGUAAAAGAGAUUUCGCAAUCGGCUCCUCUCCAUGUUCUAAACAAAAACACUCAGAGCUCACACAGGCGGAAUUAAACUCAAACUUUCUGCGUUUACUUUUUCUACUUUGACGGAUGGUUGACUCCGCUGCCGCCCCGUGAAGGCUCCACUGAGGCGAAGAAUCUGAACUUCUGCUUCCUGUUCCGGUUUCAUUUCUGCACCUGAGGAGACUCAGAGAUCAGCACCUGCAGGCAACACAUCCAAAUGAGCCGGCCGUCGCAGCCGAAACUAACCACAGCUGACCACAACGGCGUGAGCGUCAUCCAGAGUCAGGCCCACGCCGCCGCUUCCUCCUCGUCUCUGCCGGCGGCCGUAGCCGGACUGCAGCAGGUCCCCCAGCUCGUCCCCGCGAGCCCCUCAGCCGGAGGCGGUAAGGCCCUCCCCCCCAGCAAGAUGAAGAAACCCCACGCAGACAAGGACAGCGACGAGUACCGCCAGCGCCGCGAGCGCAACAACCUGGCGGUGAAGAAGAGCCGCAUGCGCAGCAAGCAGAAGGCGAUGGACACGCAGCAGCGCGUCAACGAGCUGAAGGAGGAGAACGAGCGGCUGGAGGCCAAGAUCAAACUGCUGAGCAAGGAGCUGAGCGUGCUCAAAGACCUCUUCCUGGAGCACGCCCACAACCUGGCCGACAACGUCCAGCCGCCCGCGGGCGCCGAGGGCUCCAGCCCCGCCCCCAACAGCACCUCCACCAAUGGGCAGUGAGGGGGCGGAGCCACAGGGAUGGCGUUCCCCUGCUGCAGCUUUUCUGGAAACUUCUGUCACUCCUCACUUUGGAAACAUGGCCUCACAUCUUCUUCACUGCUUUUCUUUGGUUUAUUACUUAUUUCCUCAUUUAAUCUGUUGCCCCCCCCCCGCCGCCGCCGCCGCCCAAAUGUCCCACAAUCCUCCUGGAAAACUUGAAAGUUUAGAUUUUUGAGAAGUUAUGAAAAAUAAUAACAGGAGGAGGAGUUUUGGGAAAAUGAUACAAUUCUAUUAAUAUAGUAUUGUGGGAUUUCUAUUUUUUAAUUUAUUGAAUUGAGUCAAAUUUGACUAAAAAGGCUUUUAAAGUGAAAACCAGUAACAAUUUGCUUUAAUUGGAUGGUAACUUUUAAUUAUUCAGAUUCUGUCAUGGAAAGUUUUGGGACUUCGACAGAAGGUGAACCCUGAUCCAGCAGACCGGACUCUGUCAUCACGCGAGGAGCCGAAGGGAUUGGACAGUCACGUGUUAUUGAUCGACUGAUUGAUUGGAGAAAUGUGAGGAGAUGUGAGCUCCUACAAACUGAGAACAUGGAGUGACUCGGAGCCGCUGGAGCAGCAGACGUCUGUGGGAACCAGAACAUUUCCUGUCGGCUCGUUGAAAACGCACCUGGAUGUGGACUAACUCGCUGCAGCGCCGCGGCUGCAGGAGGAGGAGGAGGAGGAGGAGGAGGAGGAGGAGGAGGAUGAUGUAAAUGCUUAAAUUCCCUUUUUUAGGAUGUGUAUUUUCUUCUGUUAUUCUACAAAGAGUUUUUGAAAAAUGUCUAGUUAACAAAACCUGAUGAGUUUUUAAGGUUGUAAGUACGUUCACUACAUGUUGAUGUUUCAAGGACAGUGCUGGUUUUCACGGCCCGGGUCUUUCCCGAGUCCCCUCCCGAUCCUCUUUCAGAUCUCGCUCUAUAAACACUUGUCGUUCCUUUGACAGAUUAGGGGGAACCUCUCGGUAAGACCCGGGUUGUCCUUCAGCAGGUGGUUUUGUCCACAGAGUGGAUCGAGUCUGACUCCACGCUCUGAACGUGUUUCCUGCAGAGAGGAGAGCGCUCGUCUCCGUCCCGGGGUCACCUGGCACGUCUGCGGCCGAUAUGUCGAGGAAGUAGAACGCAAAUAUCCGUAUGAGUGCGCAGGAAGACGAGUACGACAGAACGUCCCGCGCCACGACGACAAGCCGGUGUCCUGAGAAGUUCAGGCGUCACCAAACACGUUUUUAUAAAUCAGCUGAGAAUCUGAGUUUUCUGUUUUUAUUGGUGAUAAAUGUUAAAGGGAUUCUUCAGACUUUCUUCAGUCCAGAAGCUUGAGAUGAAUCAGAGACUCGUCCAGAAGCACACGUGUUCGAGACCUGACUGCAGGACUGAUUAUUGAUUAUUGAUGAGUGUGUGUUCUGUGACUGACGGGCCGCAGAUAUGACAGGAAGACCCAGGCUGUGUGUUUAAAAUUCAGUUUAAAAUAGAGAUCUGCUGGAGGAGUCUCUGAGUUUGACCCCGCCCACCGCUCACCUCCACCUGGCGGUGCAGACAGGUGUGUGUGUGUGUGUGUGUGUGUGUGUGUGGGGGUGCUGGGUGGACCCAGACACCACAGAUGCAUCAGACACUUCAGGCGAGCCGCACCUUGAAUUAAAUCCAGGUUUAAACCGGGCCGGGUCGUUAGCGUCUGCUAAUGAGGUCGGAGCAGAUCGGGACAGGCCCCCGCCCCGCCAGCACGCCACGGAGGGGGGCGGGGCCGCGGCCUGUUGUUGUCAGACUUGAUAAUUAUGUGAGCUUUGUGCGGGCGUGGAGUGUUUUCCACAGGAUUUGUCUGUCAGGAGUUUCACCUCCCUGCAGGAAUGUUGUUGUCUGUCUGAGUCCUGCUGCUCCUGAGCCGCUCCGGUCAACGUUCCCACAACGUUCCCAUCAGGUUGUCACACUGUAAGCCAGCUCGGGUCAGUUUGUUUUGCGCUCUCUGAAAGUGCUCUCUGUCGAGUCAGGCUGGGAUGCAGCUUCGAGUAUCCCACGGUCUUCAGCUGGAGAGACGGUUCAGAUCCUGCAGAGCUCCAAUAAAUACUACAGUACCCAUGAGCCUCAGCUGCUGUUGCUGUGGUGAGGAAGCCAGUCAGACACGGUUACUGACUUCAUCCAAACUGAUCCAGAAUCUGACAGUGAACUGAUUCAACCUGCUGGAUGUUUUAUCAGGUUUCAUCUUCAGCUCCAGCUCGCCGUUAGCAGAACGUGAAGCUCUGUGAUUGGAUGUUUGGCAGUGAAAUGCACCCUGGGAGUCGUAGUUGACUUCUUGUAGCUUUGACUUUUUAAUCAAAGAAGCAGAUAUUCUCUAUAUUCUGCCACCUCCUCGUCUCUGAGGCAAAGAAACGGCCCUGCAGGAGUGACUCCUCGCACUAAAAAUAUAUAACAUGAUGAUGUUUGGUCCGAAGCACAGAACACUGAAAUGAAGUUAUGAUCAUGUUCUUGUUGAAAUAUUGUUGAAAUACUCCCGUUCUGACAGUCAGACUAGAGUCUGACUGAUUCGUGUGGAUUGCUCGGGCUCAUAUUAAUAUGAAUAUUAAUAUUUAAGAGUAAAAUCUGUCGGAAACGUGACGUUGUGGGAACGUUCCCCGCUCGCUGGGUGAGCCGCACUGAGCGCAGCCUCCAUCUUUUUCACUUUUCUAUCGUUUGUUUUUCUACACUUUUCUUCCAAAAGGAGCAUGUUUAUAGAGAAGUCUUUGCAUGGGGGGGGGGCACUGUGUGUCUGCUAAGCGUUUACUGCACUCACAUUAAUAGAAACCCUCUGACAGCGGAUCGGGAACCCGACCGGGUUCCGAUGUGCUGUUUUCUGUUGCGUUGGGAUGUUUGUCGUGUUCGGCCUGAAUGUUGCUGGGCAGCAUUUCUCUGUCGUCGCUCGGCUUUUUUAUAGCAGAGGAUUCUGGGUAACGUGCAUUGUAAAUUAAAAUUGAGUAUAAAAGUUCAA